ACUGCUGGAGCGUGUUCAAAUCUUUCAUGGCUCUUUCGCCUUCUGUGUUCGACUGCUCCAAUGGAAAAGGCACCCAGAUACGGUAGAGCUUUCGAUGCUCACAAUUUCACAAUAAAAGCAUCGCCUGCACAAUAUCAAAUUCAAAAACUCGAUCUACGAUGGUAGCCCACGUCCUCAAGUUUGUCAAACGCCACAGCAGCCUUCUGCUCAAUGUCCGCCAAAGCUUAAGACUGAGCAGCCGAGAACUAGACAACAGCAACCAAAAGAUUGACAAUCAUCCAACCCAGUAUGACACAAUGCCACGUCGCAAUCAUCAGUGUCCACAGCAGCACACAAUGCUCCUAGAUCGUCUGGGUGGCAUGCUGGCCUUACAGAGUAUCAUGCAGGAUUUCAGUAGUCGUGUUGCUACAGAUGCCAGCCUCGCUCACUUCUUCCAAGGGGUUGACUUUAGAGUCUUGUCAAGGCACCACAAGAUGUUCUUUGCCAUGGCAUUUACAGAGGCACCAGACAGUGCCACCCUGGAAGAUGUCAUGAGAAGACGGCACCAACACUUGUUUGCCCAAGGGUUGAAUGAACAUCACUUUGAUGUGGUGGCUGGGCAUCUCAUUGACUCUCUGGCGGCCCGUGGCUUUCAGGAAGAUAUCAUGGAAGAGGUGGCGGCCAUCAUGUCACCCAUGAGACAGACAUUCAUUGAUCUGGCGAGAGAAGCAGCAAUGCUUCAGGACGGCUCUGAGGACGAGUCUUGCGUAGAACAGAUUAGAACCGAACAACAGCCCACCAGGGAAUGAACCGACUGUUGCGCCCCAACAGAGAAACUUACUUCCCGAGCAGCUAUCAAAAACAUAGAUCACCAAUAGAACAUGCAUAAGAAUAGAACAACCAACAUAGAAUUCAAGCGAACAGAAUAGGGAGGCAAUGAGAAGUGCUGGAAAGUCGUACCGGUACGGUGAGAAAC